AUGAAUGCGGUCUGCAAGCUGGUAGUGGUGCUAUGGUGCGUGGUGGGUGCACGUUUCGAGUCGGUUGACGCCCAGGCGGCCAACAACACCGCCAUAGCUUCAUCUCUAGCGACAAACACCUCAGACGCGACCGUGGUGAUCCCCUUCAUCCCGAAUCCACCUUCAGCAAGUGGAAACGUGGCCGCGGCCACGUCCGUGGGGACCGUCAAACCUGUAGAUUAUGCGGCAGCGCCCACGACAGUGGAUACCGCCUACACCUGCAAUGGCGACGAAGUCGCUCGACUUGCAAAGCUCAGUGAGAACAACCCGUACCUUCAUUUACAGUGCACUUCCUUGGCCGGCAUCAGUUCGUACGUCUUUCCGUUCAACGGAGAGCUCGGGUACGCUCGCAUGGUGGCCAUGAGUCUCAUUCAAGACUGCACCUAUUACUUUCGAGCGGUGCUGCUGAUCCAGCUUCAAGAAUGCGCGGUCGCUAAUGUCUACGUCCGGACAACAGCGGAGACCAUUCUUCAGCUCGCGGCGACUUCCGGAGACACACCAACCGAAGCCCAAGUGAACGCCGCAAAAGAUGUUCGGAAGAGGUACAACUUGGCGCUUCGAGACGGAGACGGCUCGGCUUCGUACGCCGCUACAGAGGGUGCGUCAGCGCUGAGUUGGACCAUUGAAGGCCACUCGAUCGACACGAUCGCGUCGGCCAAAACUGACGGCCAGUUGCUCAUGAGCAAAGACAUGUUUAUCGUCGGCACGUACUAUGCGCCGUCGAGUUCGUCUUCCAGCGCGCAAGAAGACUCGGCAGAGGUAUUCCCGCCGUCGACCGUCCCUGGCGCAGAAAACGAUACAUGGGGACCAGGCGUGCGUACAAACAACACGUCUGGGUCAAGUUGCAGUAGCGUCUCGUCGUGGAUCGUAGCUCUGACAGUCGUUUGGAUGCACUUUGUCGGUGCACAACAGUAG